AUGAGCCUCUCACGAUCUGGAUCCCGUUCUCGCUCACGAUCUCGCUCACGUUCUCCUGCUCGGCGUAAGCGGGCUCGAUCUGGUUCCAUCUCUCGAUCGCGGUCCCGAUCACGGUCUUACUCUUCGUACUCCUCUCGAAGCGCCUCGCGCAGUCCCGUUCGCGAGUCAAAUGAGGCGAGGAUCAUCGAAAUAUCAAAAUUGACAAAGAAUGUUACAACCAGCCACCUUCGAGAAAUUUUCGGUGUCUAUGGCGAGAUUAAAGAGAUAGACCUACCCAUCGUAAGAAGACUUGGCUCUCAUCGGGGUACUGCCGUCAUGACUUUUGAGAGUAGUAAGGCUGCCCAGAAAGCGAUAUCACAUAUGGAUCAUGGUCAAUUGGACGGUUCCUUAUUGACGGUUCGAGUUUACCGACCGCCUUCACCACCACGCCGUCGAAAUAGCCCACCUCGUCGUCCAUUUGCAUCUGGCUCUGGCGCCCGUAGCCGCAGUCCUCCCCGUCGUGAUUUUGGUGGAAGUAGUAGAGCGCCAGUAGGCAGAGUCAACCGAUCGCGUAGUCCACCAUACAGACGAAGACGUUCGCCGAGCCGAAGUUUGAGCAGAAGUCCUCGUCGAAGUGGUGCUAGAAGGCCAAGUCCUCAAUAUGGUGGCAAAAAAAGCAGUCGUCGCAACCGCUCCUACUCAAAAAGUACUCAUUCUAGUUACUCGCGAUCCAGUCGUUCGAGGUCUCGUAGCCCACGUGGCAAGUGA